AUGAAUGGCAGAAUAGGAUGUCUAUUACCUCCGCCAGCAGUGAGGGUGAUUCUAAAGCUGCCCAAAAGCCGCUCGCUUCACCCUCACCGUUGUAUUCUCCCUCCCCAGGGCUUGCAGGGCCUGACGUUGAUAAAAGAAAAGAAAAGGAGGAAGAAGGAGCUCACUGGGAGAAGUUCGAGAGUGCCAGAAACAGGCGAAGCAAGGGAUUACUAUGAUAGGGUCCGCAAGAGGGAGCGAGGAGAUGAAGAAUUGCAAAGAGGUGCGAAAUGUGGCGCCACCAAUAAUGUGACAAAUGACCUUGGCAAUCUCAGCUUACCAUCUGAUUAUACUGGUCCUGAGCAACUUCGAAUUGGUAAUGAUAAUGGGCUUCCCAUUUCAAACAUUGUUCCUUCAUUUAAUUCCAUUAAUAAUGUGUUUUGGCAUGUAUGUAAUGUGGAAAAGGCAAUUGAGAGGAAUCUUACUAGUGAUGCCGACGUUGGUAGGGCUGAUGUGUACAUCAGAGCCCAUACAACAAAGGAUGACAAAUUACAGUUUCCCGAAGCCUUUGAAAAAAUAAAGUCGAUUCAGAGUAGUAAUCCAACAUCUCAGAUGACCAAUGUAGAUGAUGCCCUUACACAGUCAAUUGGGAGUGAUAGUAGAGGGCGCAUGCGGGGUAUAGGUGGAAAUGUAGGCAAGAUUGCAUUGAGGAAGACAAUCCCUAUUAUAGAUAAGCUCAAUAUGGUGACGCGGGAUCGAGAUAAUUUGAAGGAGGAAGUAGGUGAAAUGAAGAAAAGCCUGGUAGACCUCCAUAUGAAGCUUAAUUGUAUUGUAGAAAAGCAAGGGGAACAGGGGGUUGUGGAUCCACCAACAAUACCUCCAUUUAAAUCUAGUCGUGCCUUGUCGCCUGAUUUGAUACAUAUUGGCAAGAGAUGCGAUCUUUGCGAUUGGAAGAAACGGGUAGUUGCUCGUGGUGAGGUGCAUGAAGUUGAUUCAACUGCCCAUGUCCAUGGAGCAGAUCUAGGCGAAGGAAAUUUUAGAGUUGUCUUGAUCGAGAUUAAAGCUUCGCACGUAGAGUUGUGGAAGGAAGAUGGUUAUCAUCAUACACUUGGAGAGGUCGGCGUAGGAGGAUUUGUUAUUUGGCCCAAGCUAUUUCUAACCAUCUAUCCAUGAUGUUUAUAAUUAGACAUUACAAAAACUGAGACAAUUUACUUUUAUUUUCAAACUAUACGGUAACAUAGACACUUAUCUGAAUAUUAUGGAAUGGAAUGUAUUCAACUCUCACAUCAGAUUACACACACAUAUAUGGAAUGGUAUGGAAUGCAUUUAUCACUCACAUUAGAUUACACCCACAUAUAUGGAAUG